AUCAGGCCGUGAGGAUUGGGGCCCGAGGGCGCAUUCUGCGGCCGGUCCGCGGGGCGUGGGGAUUGGACACCCUGGCGUGCCGAGUGCAGACAUCCCCAGAGAAAAGGCCGAGAGCGGGCAGCGAGCCCAGCGCGCGCCAACCGCUGCGGCGCCUCGGAGAGACCCGCCCACCUGCCACCACACCCUGUUCUCAUUGGCGCCUCUCACUUCUUCGCGGAUUGGCUACCUCCGGAUCCAAUAAGCCAGGCCUGAGUCCUACUUCCGGGGAGAGUGAGGUCGGAAGAGUGCAUUUGCGCGCGCUUCCCAAAGUCGCGACAGCUCGGAGGACAGUGCAUGGGGCAUCGUACUCUAGCUUCUUUCCCGGCCCUGUGGGCCUCCAUCCCCUGUCCACGCUCGGAGCUGCGCCUGGACCUGGUUCUGGCUUCCGGACAGUCCUUCCGGUGGAGGGAACAAAACCCUGCGCACUGGACUGGAGUGCUGGCGAACCAGGUAUGGACACUGACCCAGACUGAGGAGCAGCUCUACUGUACUGUGUACCGAGGCGACAAGGGAUGGGUUGGCAGGCCUACAUCAGAAGAGCUAAAGACUGUGCACCAGUACUUCCAGCUGGAUGUCAGCCUGGCUCAACUAUAUCACCAUUGGAGUUCUGUGGACCCGCACUUUCAAGAGGUGGCUCAGAAAUUCCAAGGUCUUUGGUGCCUAGGAUCUGAGGGUGAGAAGAGGCCACUCCUGACAGCAGGUCUGUAUCCUAUCCCCUACCUUUCCCUAGGUGUGCGACUCCUGCAACAGGACCCUAUCGAGUGCCUUUUCUCCUUCAUCUGUUCCUCCAACAACAACAUUGCUCGCAUAACUGGCAUGGUAGAACGGCUCUGUCAGGCCUUCGGACCUCGGCUCAUCCAGCUUGAUGAUGUCACCUACCAUGGCUUCCCCAGCCUGCAGGCCCUGGCUGGGCCAGAGGUAGAGGCUCAGCUCAGGAAGCUUGGCCUGGGGUACCGUGCACGCUACGUGAGUGCCAGUGCUCGAGCCAUCCUAGAAGAACAGGGUGGGCUACCCUGGCUGCGGCAGCUGCACAUGGCCCCCUAUGAGGAGGCCCACAAGGCCCUCUGCACCUUGCCCGGGGUGGGCACCAAGGUGGCUGACUGCAUCUGCUUGAUGGCCCUAGACAAGCCCCAGGCCGUGCCCGUGGAUGUCCACAUGUGGCAGAUUGCCCAGCGUGACUACAGCUGGCACCCCACCACAUCCCAGGCCAAGGGUCCAAGCCCCCAGGCUAACAAGGAACUGGGAAGCUUUUUCCGGAGCCUGUGGGGACCUUAUGCUGGCUGGGCCCAAGCAAAUCCCAACCAAAGCCAGCUUCAUCGAAGAGGAAACUGUGACUGCAAGACUGAAGGAAGAACACCAUGGAUCAGGGUCUUGGAGACUGGAACUGGAGACACAAGACUCACAGGAUUUGCUUUCUUGCUUCUCUCCUGUCUCGAUUUCUCUGCACAUUAACUUCCCUUCCUCUGCAGAGUGAUCUCUCUGCCUGGCAGAAAACAUGGUGUGAGGCAGACCCAGCUUUCCAAAUAAACCCAGCAAGAGAGCUAUAUACCCAGUUUCAUAUAUCAGUCUCAGGGAAGGACUCUGAUGAGUUCUGCUAGAGUAACAUACCUACCGCUUGGCCCCAAACAAAGUAUUGCCAAGGAAAUAAGGUACUAUAUUGGGCAAAUGUACUGUCACGGGCAGCCACACUAUGGGAUGAAGACGGGUAUCUUGCCAAAAGGAAAUAAGGGUGCUGAGCACACUUUGAAUAACAAAUCCAUCCCAGCCCUGUUCCCAUCAAUCAGAAAUAACCAGUAUUAGUAUUUUUGGUACAUAUUCCUCCAGACUCUUUGGGAUGCAUAUACAUAUUUACAUUUCCUACUACAGUCCCAACCCCCAAUGAGCAUAUUUCAAGGUACUAAAACAAAAAGUCAAGGAAAGUCAAAUAUAUGAAGGAAAAAAGGAAAUAAUCCUCUUCUCCCCUUUGUUA